ACACAUUAGCUGCUUGUGGUGAUGUCAAUCGUAAUGUUAUGUGUAGUCCAAAUCCUCAUGUUUCCGAGAUUCACGGUCAAAUGCAUGAAUUUGCUAAAAAAUUAAGUGCACACCUGUCACCUCAGACUACAGCCUAUCAUGAAAUUUGGUUGGAUGAUAAAAUUGUCUCGGGCAGGGCUGUACAAGAUUUCGAACCACUCUACGGUUCAACAUAUCUUCCACGCAAGUUCAAAAUUGCAAUUGCGGUUCCCCCUAAUAACGAUGUUGAUGUCUAUGCACAUGAUCUAGGAUUCAUUGCCAUUGCGGAAAAAGGUAAAGAUAAAUUAUUAGGUUACAAUGUAACUGUGGGAGGUGGAAUGGGAAUGACUCACAAUAACAAGAAGACAUACCCAAGACUCGGAGAACUUCUUGGUUUUUGUAAGCCCGAUCAAGCUGUCGACGUCGCAGAGAAGGUGAUGCUAGUUCAGCGCGAUUUUGGUGACCGAACUAACC